GUCAAUAUGCACUUUUCUCUCCCUCGUUUUAUUUCAGUUUCUUCAAUUUCUUCCAUAUUGUUUUCAUCAAACAUGUUCACAGUCCCAUUUUACACUGACGUGUUUCUCCCCCCUGAGCAAAUUUCAUCUUCUUCUUCUGAUUUGUGUUUUCUUAUUACUGUGACUUGGGUUCAAUCAGAUCUCGUCCUUGGUUACUUCUGAUCCGAAGCUGAAUCUCUCUACUUCGCGAGCUUUUGAGCAGCGUGGAGGGGUUGUAUUCGAAUCUCUUGGUUUCCUUGGGACAGCCCGUUGAUCUGGAGUUGUUAUCUUACUUCUAGUUUCAACCCACUGGAGAUUUAAGUAUAAUAUAACGACCACCAUUUUUCGAUGAGUUAUUGAUGUGGUAAAAGCUAGCGGAAAUCAAUCUUGUGAUGUGAUGAUGACUAUCACUCAAGUCCAACUAGCGGUGUGUUCUCUCUCUCUAUCGACUUCUCCAGGGGCGAUCAAUCUUUGGAGAUGAUCCGUCGAAUUGGAAAGAUAAGGAUCCGUGGAUUUCUAGAUUUUUCAACUGUUGAGUUCAGAUUUAGGGACGUUUUUAAUCUAAUCUAAUCUUUCAUUGAGAGCAGUUAACGAUAAUGUUUAUUGUUUUCAUCGUAACCUUUCUUUUUAAGUGGUGAUGAGCACAUUGGCUUUGUUAAUGGCUGUAAUUGUAAAACUUGGCCUCUGUUUUUUGUGUUUUGAAAGUUGCAUUAAUCUAUUUGGUUCUGUUUCUUCUUGAUCUUUAGAUAGAUAAUUUGGUUCUGCAUUAAACUUGGCCUCUGUUUUAUGAUUAGAGGUCUUACGGUAUUUCAGAUUGACAAAGCAGUUGAAAAGGGAGGAUGGGACUUUACUCAAUCCAGCCAAAUUAGAAGCGUUGAACUCAAACCACUUAACCGCUCUUCUUUCUCCGCAAACCACCCAAUCUCCGCCUCCGCCUCUGUUUUCCUGCAGUCUCUCCGAUUUCAGGCUUAGGCUACACAGACUAUUGGAGAGGUCAAUCCAAGAAACAAGUGAGCAAAGCUUUGCCACUUGUUAUAUAUGCAACGACAAUACUCUUUCAUAUAUACGAUAAGGGAAAAUAUUUCAAUGGACCUUUAUAAUUCAAUCCCCUUUGGGUCGUUUCGGUGGUUCAUAUUCGCUAGUUUGGCUUGUUUAUUUAUCGUCUUGGCCUGUAUGAUGUCCUUUCUCCUUAUGGCUCUCAUGUCCAUCGGUCCUCUCCAGCUCAAAAUUCUCCAGCUUAUGGGUACACCCAACGAAAAGAAACAAGCUGCUGUUGUUCUUCCAGUUUUCCAGAGACAACAUCAGAUCUACGUGUCUCUGCUUUUCUGCAAUGCUGCUCUCCUGGCGGUUCUUCCUUUAUACUUGGAUAAGUUAGUCAAUGGGUACACUUCUAUAAUUGUCUCGGUCCUAGCUUGUGGAUUGGUUAUUCCACAAGUUAUAUGCUGCAGUUUUGGACUACUCCUUGGUGCUCAAUUUCACUGGCUCAUACGAGUUGUGAUGAUUCUCUGUUACCCGAUAGCUUAUCCCAUUGGAAAGAUUUUGGAUUGGGGAUUGGGUUGCAAUGAGGGUAUAUUUAGGCGUGCCCAAUUCAAAGCCCCUGUGUCAAUUCACAACGUGGAGGCCGGUGAAGGAGGUGAACUCACAAAUGACGAGACGAAAGUUAUAGUUGGAGCAAUUGAUUUGACCGUGAAGACUGCGCAAGAGGCUAUGACACCAAUAGAAUCAACCUUUACUCUAGAUAUAAAUUCAAAUUUGGAUUGGGAUGCCAAGCGAAUGAUUCAAAAAAAAGGGCAUACCCGAGUUCCUGUCUACUCUGAGAAUCCAAAAAAGAUUGUUGGACUUCUUUUGGUUAGGAGUCUGCUUACAAUUCAGGAGGAAAUCCCUAUUAGUGCACUUAACAUACGCAGAAUUCCAAGGAUUCCAGCCGACUUGCCACUGUAUAAUAUUCUGAAUAUGUAUCGAAAGGGAAGCACCUUCAUGGCGGCUGUUGUGAAGGGGAAAAGCAAGGGUCAUACGUUGGUUGUAGAAGAAAAAGUUAAAGCGAGCAAAGCGCUAACUGAUGCAUCGAAUUUGACAGCGCCUUUACUCUACAAUUUUAUUGUCAAUGUAGAUGGAAUGAGACAAUCUCAUCUACACACUGAUGAGCACUUGUCAUGGGAGAUUGAUGAUCGCGAAGUAAUCGGUAUAAUAACUAUUAAAGACGUUCUUGCACAACUGCUACAGGAUAAAAGUAUGGACGAAACAGACGAAUAUGUUGACAUGGAGGAGGAGCAGACUGAUACGGUUCACCAGACGUAUUACAGAAGAGGAGGGCCACGUCAGCCAACGGAGAAAGAAGAAGUUGACUUUGGUCAAAGUUGUUGACUUGGGAAGACUCGGAAGGGAAGAGAAGGUUUGCUGUUGGGAAGAGAAAGAAGAGUUUGAAUGAAUAAAGACGUUGUAUUGCUUUUCAUUUUUCAUUAGUUGUAUUUUGAGAGAAACACUUUUGUGAGGAGAGAUCUAGCGAUGUGCUAGAGGAGAGUUCUGGGUUGAGCUUUGUGAAACGCUCUUCAUACUUUGUGUUCUUGUAUUCGGAUUUGGUGGUUACAAUCUCUGUAAUCAUUCUUA